CUUUAUGGAAUCGAAACACCCAUUCGUUUCAAAAUUCGAAAACGUUUUGAAUUUGAAUUUUAAAAAUUGAAUUUUAGAGUAUACAGACUUAGAUAUUUUAACUAUGUUGAAACUGAUGACUGAAUUGAUAUAGCUACUGUGUUCGAGAAUGACAAAACCAAGGGGCAAACUGGUCAUUGACAAUGACGCUGGAGGAGAUGAUGCAAUGGCCAUAUUUUUAGCUUUGCUGUACGAAAAGUACGUUGAUGGUCCACAGGUAGUGGCUCUUACAACCGGAAACGGAAACACAGAUGAAGACAACGUUUGUAGGAACAAUCAGAGAAUACUGAAAGUUGCACAGAGACAAGAUGUGCCGAUAUAUAGAGGAUCUAAGUCUUCACUUGUUCAUACACCAUAUGCUCAUUAUUACUACGGCAUGGAUGGUCUAGGAGACAUCGAUGAAGAAGUAACUGACUUGGUACCUGCGCAGGAGCAAAGUGCAGUAGACAGCCUCAUUAGGCUGUCUAAGAAAUAUGAAGGUGAACUUACAGUCGUCACAAUUGGUACUGUAACAAAUGUAGCUUUGGCAAUUAAGUUGGACCCUGGUUUCUUGAAUCGGUUGGCUCAUCUGUACGUUGGAGCAGGACACAUACAUAGUGAAAAGUACCCAAGAAGAGAGUUCAACGCCUACAUGGACGUAGAGGCCUACCACAUUGUGAUGCAGAACGCUACACCUGAUAAAGUCUCCGUGUUUCCGUUCUCUCAGACCAAAGAGUUUUUGAACUUUACUAGAGAAUGGAGAGAAAAUGUCCUUGGUGGCAUAGAUACAGAUAUCAUAAAGGCUCUGAAUAAGUACGAAAGUGUCUCCAUUCCGAAGAACGUGGCAUGGACAUCAUUGGAUCCUUCCGUGCUGGCUGCUGUAAUCAAUCCUGACUUGGUAGAGGAAUACAAAUACUCCAAGAAUGAUAUUAUUAUGUGUGGUGAUAAUAGGGCAAUAAAUACCAAUGAGUUUGUCGCACAAGACAAAGCCAAUGUAAGGAUAGUGUACAAAAUGAACAGUGAAGAAUACAAAAAGUUUUUGUUAGAUGUCUUCUCUGCUGAAUUACAAACAAAAAAUAGUUAAAAUAAUACUAUACUUCUUUUAAGUUAGAUAAACUCACUUUUUAAUUUGUUAUUAUAAAGUUGAAAGUAUUAUCAAUGUAAACAUAUUCAAAAAAUAAAAUAAUUAUUUAGUGAAAAAUUUGUCUGCUACAAACACUAAAAUUUUAGUUUUUAAUGAAAAUAUUUAUCUGACGCGUGGUAUGUAGGUACGUAUGGCUGAGGAGAAAAAUUGGUGCUAAAUGUAGUAAAAUGUAGUGAUAAUAAUAAUAUUAUAAGAACAAAAAUUUUAUUGAAGAAAAAAAUAACGUAAACUAACGCUCCAUUGGUUAAUAACUAACAAACGCUUUUUAUUCUAAAGAUGCGAUAUUAAUAUUAUAAAAAGUAUUUAUAACAAAUUAUUUUAGGUGAUGGAAAACACGGUCACUAGAAUAAUUAAACUUCUGUUGUGAACCGAUUAUUUAAGUGUUCCAAAAUUCUAAUAAAAUAUGAUGUAAUAUCGGAACCAAA